CCAUUGGCUAGGUGGUAUAUAAGCUUAGAUUGCUAGCGUCUGUUCAUUGCGUGCCGCGUCCUACCUCUUCUCGCCAAGCUGCGAAGUUUUCUUGGUGAACCUGUUGCUUAGCGACUACCUCGAGCCGUUAGCUAUGUACACGCCAGGCACCAGGGCCAGCGCCCGGGGCCUUGGUCCUCUGCGGCUAGCUGUGCUGCUUGUCUGUUGUGGCGGGCUGCUGCUUGCCCAUGCCGAGGCGACUCGCGUGGCUCUCUACAUGAGCGCAAGCAAUGGUGUGCUUGAUUUGUCUUGGGACAAUGGCCCACAGAACCUGGAGCGGCAGCUGCAGCAGCUCGGCUUCGACGUGCGGUCGUCUGAUGGCCAGCCAACGCUGUCUGGCCCGGACGCCCCCGCGGCGUACAUCAUCCCUGCUCAGAACGGCCCAAGCUUCUACAGCUCUGUGGAGGACAUGAAUGCGAUUUCGUCGUAUCUGUCGUCUGGUGGCUUGGUGGUAGUGCUGGACGCCAAUCACGGCCAGGGCGAGGCUCUUCGCAGCUUUGUUGAGGAGUCGCUUGGCUACCAAGGUAGCUGGUCCACCUGCAAGCAGCUAAGUGCUAACGCUGAGAAGCAGUUGGCGCUUACAGAGUUUGCAUCGUCCUUCGUCAGCGUUAAGGAAUGGCCCGAGUCGCUGGAAAACGCGCAGACGACGUCCCUGCUGUCUUGGUGCCGCCACGAGGAUUCUUCCGCAAGCAUUGUGCCUCUCUACACCAGCAUCGGCGACGAGUCGCAAGUUGCUGUCCAGGCUUUCGGCAAGGUGUCCGUCCCCGGCGCCGUUGUCUGGAUGGGCUACAGCUGGAAGGACGGCGAGCAGGAGCAGUGGGGUUUGCUGUUGAAGAAGCUUGUGGAGGAGUUUGCCCAAGGUGGUUAUGAGGCCCCUAAGCAGGGCAAUGCGGACCUGCACCCAUUCAACGUUGACUCUGUCCUGGCGGCGGCCGCUGAUGUCGGCGCCACGUACCCGCCCCCCCCGCCAAAGUCAGAAUCUACCAAGAUUUCGGUCGUCAACAUGACGGCUUACGGUGCCGCUGGCAAGACGAGGGACCUUGUGUGGUACGAUGACGCCGACUUCCGUGAGCAGCUGAAGCCGCUGUCGGCGCUGCAACUUGUGGACCAGACCAAGACCCCUUGCCCGGCCAAGUGCGGUGCUUGCGAGCUCGCGUGGAAGGCCACCCGCUCCAACCUGCAGGUCGCCGUGUUCUUCAGGGACCCUGUGCAGAUCGCUCGCAUCUACCUGAAGCAAAUCAAGAACUCGGGCAUCAUCACGAUCCAAUUCAUCAAGUGGGUGUACCCGCCGACUGGCGCCAUCGCCGGCAACGUCGGCCGCACUGUCUGGAACGUCACAGACGACACCUCUAUGUGCCAGUCCGUCCUUGUUGUUCGCGUUCCGCCCAAGAAGUCCGGCGUCAACAAGCCAGUUCCCACAGGCUUCAACAGGAGGUCCCUCCCCCCAAGCCUGGCGUCCACUGCCGUCGGCGGCGUGCUCAUCACCAUGGAGCGCCCUGACAACGCCGGACAGAACUUCGGACCCUUCCUGGAGUGGGUUCGUUUCAGCGGGCGGGUGCUGUACCCGGAGAAUGCCGCCAUCUACGCGAACGCGGUCCGGAAGAAGUAAGAAGCGCGUCGAUGAUGUACGAUAAGAGGGAAGUACGACAAGAACGGAGGACAGGAUGGAAUGGGGUGGAGGUGGCGAAUGGAGUGGGGUUGGGGGCGGCGCUCCGCUUCCUGACCCGACUACCGGCUACGAUCUUUUCCGUCGUUUCCUCCAGCUGCAUCUGUUCCCCGCUUCCCGCCUCCCUUCCUUGUCUCCAUUCUCCUCCUCCCUUCCUUGCUUCGCCUCCUCCCCCAUCCUUCCUCCCCGCCCUCCCUCCAUCGCCUCCUCCCCCAUCUUGCGCCUUCCUUCUCUCCUCCUCCCCUUCUUACUGGGGGAUAGCGUCGCCUUCACAUACACCUUCCCCACUACGUAAACAAUCUCGUUUGGGUGUUGGGUGUGCGUUGAGGUGAUGAAUGAGUUUCCCCGGGGUUGGCAGGUAGCGGUACUGUGACGCUGUACGACUGUACGGCAGCGAGUACGUAUGGCCGUGGCAGCAGCAAUACCUGUCGUCGCAAGAGGAGCAGCAGCAGCAGCAGCUGCAGGUUGUUCGCAACGAAAAAAAUGUUGAAAGCAACAAACAGCUGCAGCAGCAGCAGUAGCAUAUUAAAAAUACUAAAAUGAUAACAGAAAGGCGCUGUUUAUGGACUGCUAUGCGGCCAAGGUGUGAAAACAGAGGUUGCCGGAGCGGAGGGCGGUGUGAGUACGAAUUCCCGAAUGGGAGCUUGUGACGUGUGUUGUACGGCAGGUACGGCAACACCGCUGUAGAUGUAGCUUCCGGCGGUUCUUAUCUUUACACGCAUAGGAGGAUUCGCGGGGUAGGAUGGCUAAUAUACAGUCGGCAAAUUCUCUUGGAUCCCUUUUUCAGUCAUUCAUGGCUGGCUAUAGGGUUUGAACAAUUCAACUAAGUAGCGCUAGAGGCAAUUAGGCUCCCCCAAUCGCGGUACGUUUGAGAACAGGGUCAGACAUUAUCCGUCUGUGUGCAAUAGCGCGCGAUGCGCCUACAGUCCUUUUGAACCGCAGGUUGAGGCAUGUUUGCCUGUUCGUCUAUCUGUUCUUUGUCUGUCUGUCUGUCUGUCUGUUGCCGCAGAUAACGCAUCACCGUAUGUUUGUUGUCUGUGGUGGUCUCUGUGCGUUUCCUAACACUCCAAGAGAGGAGAGACUGUGAAGGGGCGUGAUGAUGUCUUGGAUUGGAUAGAAGUCCGCGCCGCUGUACGGCAGAGAUUCCUUGAGGGAAGGGGAAUGUUAAUAGCCCCCGGAGAGGUGUAGUACAACGGCGAUGUCAUUGACAGCACAUACACACAUACGCACAUACACAUCUGCACAUAUACACGAGCGUCCUCUGCUACUCCUGAAGUCCCUAAGUGCGACCGUGUAUAUUCCACCUUCUAACCACCUCCUCCUCCUCCUUUUCUACAGCCCCCAAGCAAACCUGGGGAUCCUCCAAGGCGAUUAGUUUUGACUCGGACACCCACUGACAACAAGCAGGAGGUGUACGAACAUCCUGAAGAAGGCCGUUCGGUGCUUCUUGUGUGUAUGAGAUUGUGUGUCUGUAUGUAUGUGUGUAUGAUAAGGUGCAAGUGUAUCACGCGCGCGCGUGCACGCCUGUGUGUCGUACUGCGAGGUGUUUCCGGUACGCAUGCAUUUUUGACCGACGAUUGACUUUGGAAGGAGCCGAACCCCCGGCCUGUGGGGGGAGAGUUGACAGUCCUUUGGCCGCGCAGAUUCCUGGCAAUGGUCUUUUGGUGUUAGCCGUACGGUACGCAGUCUCGCCGUACGCAGACAGUACCGUACGUCGGGUGUUUGUGUGGCUCUGUCCCCGUCUUGCGCCAAGAUGCUUACACCCAGUAGGCUGUGGCACCGACGGCGACGGCUGCGGCUGUACGGCAAACCUAGGCAGCAAUGGAAUGGAGUGUACGGCAAUGGAUGGAUAACUUACAGGCGCUCGGAACGGGUGUGUUUAGAGGUUGGUACAACAGUUAAUGUAUUUUGUAUGCAUAUGGGGGUUUACAACUAGCCAUGCCGUGCUGCCGUACAGUACGACGAAUACAUACAGCUUUUGUUGGUCUGGCGGAUGUCGGCUCAUCCUGGUUCUUUGCGCCGGAUGCUCUGGGCCGGGAAAAGCGCGGCGAGCUUAAAACGGCAACUUUAUAUUUCUUGUACGAUAAGGCCGGUGCCACGAUUGUCGUACCGAGUAUUAAUCGUAUAACAUACGUCGUACGUCGUUAGAGUUGGCGAGCUCAUCCUGGUUUUUCGCGCCAGCGAGGUGCCGUCGCUCACCGCCGCAGCCACCGGUAGUACCUCAAUAAUCAUCACCAACCACCAUUAACCGCCUCAACCACCAUAACUGCCCUGAACGCCCCUAACGGGAUGGGGAGGACGCCGUCAUGAAUCAGCAUGUCAACCGCAUUGGCAUUGUCGUACCGCCUCUUCCGUAAGGAUGCAGUACGUUGAUUGUGAGUCUGAGGUGGUUGUGGUUGUUGUAUUGGUCGUUACAUGUCGCAAUUCGUACGACAGUCUGCUCUCCAUUAUCAUGGAUCCUCGAAGUGAGAGAAUGGAAAACAUCUUACAUCUGAUGCCUGCUCCUACCCUUUGAGGACGGACAGACGAACAUACGGAUGGACGAAAACGCCAAUUAUUGACGCCUUAACGAGGAGUGGUACGCGUUGUGGAAGACGACUGCAAGUGUGUGUGUGUAUUUAAUCUGGUUCCCCGCGCCAGUUGUCGUACAGACUCCGCUGCAUGGCAUUGGGUAAUUAGUGACUGGGGAAAUCCCCGUCGUCUCCUUCCCCCCUCUUUGGCAUUUACUGCCUUUUACUU